UGCUCUCCAGGGGCCGCAUCCUUCUGCUGACACCCGGGGGAGCGGCCAGCGAGCGAGGUCUCGGGCGCAGGCGGGGCUUGCAGGUUGGGGAGUGUUCAGACCGCCCUCCCGCGGCCACACGCACUGACAGGCGGAAGAUUGAGCAACCCGGAGGCACCAAGCCGCUGCUGCGCAACCGGGUUUCUGGUCGGUGACAUCGGAGACAAGCACCAGCUAUUGCCCCAGCAGGGCGCGUGAGCCACCACCAUGCCUGCGCUGAAAGUCUGCAUCGUUGGCUCUGGAAACUGGGGGUCUGCGAUUGCAAAAAUUAUUGGCAAAAAUAUCCAGAAGUCCAACAGGUUUGAUCCUGUUGUGAAGAUGUGGGUGUUUGAAGAAAUCAUAAAUGGGAGGAAACUCACAGAGAUCAUAAACAAAGAGCAUGAAAAUGUAAAGUAUCUUCCAGGACAUACGUUACCUAAAAAUGUGGUGGCUGUAGCAGAUGUCGUUGAAGCAUCGGCUGGGGCAGAUAUUUUCAUCUUUGUUAUACCCCAUCAGUUCAUUACACGAAUUUGUGACCAGAUUGUUGGUCACAUAAAACCUGGAGCAUUCGGCAUUUCACUGAUCAAGGGGGUUGACGAGGGUGCCGAAGGCUUGAAGCUCAUCUCAGACAUCAUUCGGGAGAAACUGAAGAUAGAAGUCAGUGUGCUCAUGGGGGCCAAUAUAGCCAGUGAAGUGGCUGAUGAGAAGUUCUGUGAAACCACCAUUGGGUGCAAAAAUCAAAAGCAUGGGCAGAUCUUUAAAGAAUUAAUGCAGACCCCAAAUUUCAGGAUUACCGUGGUGGAUGACUGUGAUACAGUGGAGAUCUGCGGAGCCUUAAAAAACAUAGUAGCCGUAGGAGCUGGAUUCUGCGAUGGAUUGGACUUUGGCGAUAAUACUAAAGCAGCAGUCAUUCGUUUGGGCCUCAUGGAAAUGGUAGCCUUUGCAAAGCUGUUCUGCAGGGGUUCAGUAUCAAUAGCUACUUUUCUGGAGAGCUGCGGUGUUGCUGAUCUAAUCACUACAUGCUACGGGGGGCGCAACAGGAAAGUAGCUGAAGCCUUUGUGCGGACAGGAAAAUCUAUUGAGGAACUGGAAAAAGAGAUGCUGAAUGGACAAAAGCUACAAGGUCCUCAGACUUCAGCUGAAGUCUAUAAGAUGCUGAAACAGAAAAACAUGGUUGAUAAGUUUCCAUUGUUCUCAACUGUCUACCAGAUCUGCUAUGAGGGUAGGUUGGUCCAGGAAUUCAUCUCUUGUCUACAGAAUCAUCCACAACACAUGGUUAAAGCCAUCUAUGAAUGAACUGCGGUACUUUUAUAUUCCAACCUUCUGAGAAAACCAUGUACAUUAAGGAUGUAACCUACUUUUUGCACAAAAUUGCCUCUAUUUCAUUGUCAUGCUAGGGCAUAAGUUAGUGUUUUAUAAAUUCUCUAUACAAAGACUAAGGUAAAAGAUUUUUACAUUAGAAAGAUUGUUUUCUUCCACAUUUUACAAGAACCCUGUUACAUCUCUGACAUGGAUUUGUUCAGAUUAAA